UGGAUAAUUUAUCAAUGAAUUUGAAUUGUUGGAAGUUAACAAGCAUUAAAAAAAAACUUAUGGUUCUGGAAAAUUAUGGUACUUUAAUAGCCAUGCCUAUUAUACAUACUAUUGGACACAAUGAAUAAAUCUGUUGUCUUAGUAAAUUAAAUAUCACAGGUUUUUAUAAAUUACCUGCAAUUUAAUGAUAUAAUCUUAUCGCAAUACAUAGUAAUUUUUUAUUUUUUAUAUUAUUAUUUUUAGUAAAAUGGAAAACUAUUGGACUGUUGUAUAUUUCACGGAUGAAAAUAGUGUAGAGGCCGUACCAAAUAUUUGGCUUAACAAAAAACAAGAUUCUUGCGCUUGGCCCGCCAAAACAAAAAAUGUAAAGAAAUUUAUUGAAUUUCAACAAAAACCCAAUAAAAAAGAUUUUACUUAUCAUCCUGCUAGAAAACUAGGAAAAAAAUCUUACACAUCUUUAGCUGAAACCAGAACCAAAUUACCAAAAGCUACUCGUAUGUCUGAUUUUUCCAGUACAGACGAUGAAGUUAGGAAAAUCAAAAAAAAAUCAAAAAGUAUAUCUCCUGACAUGUUCAAAACUAAAAAAGACCAUUUAGCAAAUACAUGCCCACAACCAAAAAAAUAUUGCGAUUUUAUUAAAGAAGAUAAUGAUGACAUCAUUUUAUGA